AUGGUUCGUGAAGUGGAGGACUACUUUGGCAAAUGGGGAGAGCAUGGCACGGUGGAUCUGAAGCAGGAGCUCGGGCUGGUACUCAUGCGGAUCGCCAACCGGUGCCUGCUCGGAGAACAGAUCCGAGACAACAUGUUCGACGAAGUAACCCAUCUCCUUCACGAGCUCUUCGAAAACGGCUUGCACAUGGCCAGCCUCUUCUUCCCGUACCUCCCGAUCACACCACACCGCCGGCGCGACGCGGCCCGGGCCAAGCUGGGGGAGAUAUUCCACGAGGCCGUCAGAGCACGCAGGACCUCGGGCCGAGCCGAGAACGACGUGCUACAGAAGCUCGUGGAGUCAAGGUACGCCGACGGCCGCCCCGUGACCGAGAGCGAGAUCGCCGGGCUACUCAUCGGCAUGAUUUUCGCCGGGCAGCACACGAGCGCCAGCGCCGCUAUCUGGACAGGAGCUUGCCUGCUCAGCCAUGGAGACGGCCGCCACCUCGAGGCCGCCGUCGAGGAGCAGAGACAGAUCAUCUUUCGACACGGCAGGGAACGCGUCGACUACGACGUCCUGCGAGAGAUGGGCACCCUGCGUUGCUGCAUCAUGGAGGCGCUCAGGAUGCACGCUCCGGCGAACGUGAUCAUCCGCCAGGCGAACAAGAGCUUCGGCGUGCAAGCAAGAGAUGGCAGCAGAUACGCGAUCCCCAAGGGGCAUACCUUGGUAACCUCGCCGGCGGUGAACAACAGGCUGCCACACAUUUUCGAGGACCCUCAUGUGUAUGACCCGUCUAGGUUUGGCCCUGGGAGAGAGGAGGACAAAGUUGGCGGCAAGUUCUCGUUCACGCCCUUUAGUGCCGGGAGGCACGUUUGCUUGGGGGAGGACUAUGCUUACAUGCAGAUCAAGGUGAUAUGGAGCCAUCUGCUAAGGAACUUUGAGCUCAAGAUCGUCUCCCCUUUCCCUGACGAGGAAUGGGAGAAAUUCAUUCCAGGGCCAAGAGGCAAAGUGAUGGUUACUUACAAGAGGAGGCUGCUGGAAUGA